AUGGCCUCCCCCCUCACAUACUUUGCCCGGCAUGCUUCCAAAAGGCUAUGUCUCGGCCCCUCGUCCUCCUCCGCACUCAGAGCCUCCGCAAUCGCAGGACUAAGAUCAGUAUCUACCUCACCCGCUCUCAAUGCAACUCCUGCCUAUCGACCUACUCGACUCAUCCCCACGGAUCCGGAAUUCGCACCUGGUGGCUCUAAACAUCAGCCCAACAAGCCAUCUGGUUCAUAUUCUGAGCCCUCCGUACUUGAAUCCGAUGCUGGACAUGGCCGCAAAAUCCGCCAUUACACAGUCAACUUCGGGCCUCAGCACCCCGCGGCGCACGGUGUGCUUCGGUUGAUUUUAGAACUCAAUGGUGAAGAAAUUAUUCGUGCAGAUCCGCAUGUUGGGUUGCUGCAUCGUGGCACGGAAAAAUUGAUCGAGUAUAAGACAUAUAUGCAAGCACUACCGUACUUUGACCGAUUGGACUAUGUUUCAAUGAUGACAAAUGAACAAUGCUUUUCGUUGGCGGUGGAGAAACUACUCAACGUAGAGAUUCCAGAUCGAGCGAAAUGGAUCAGAACGUUGUUCGGGGAGAUCACCAGAAUCUUGAACCACCUCAUGUCGGUAUUAUCACACGCCAUGGAUGUUGGGGCAUUGACUCCGUUUUUGUGGGGUUUCGAGGAGCGUGAGAAAUUGAUGGAAUUCUAUGAACGUGUUUCAGGAGCCCGUCUCCACGCUGCAUAUGUUCGGCCAGGUGGGGUUCAUCAAGAUAUCCCUCUUGGCCUUCUAGAUGAUAUCUAUCAGUGGGCAACCCAAUUCAGUGACCGUAUCGAUGAAACCGAAGAGCUACUCACAGACAAUCGGAUAUGGAAAGCUCGCACCCAGGGCGUUGGUGUGGUCACUGCUGCGGAGGCCCUCAACUACGGUUUUACCGGAGUCAUGCUCCGUGGUUCCGGCGUUCCAUGGGACAUCCGCAAAUCCCAACCCUACGAUGCCUACGGCGAGGUAGAAUUCGACGUCCCCGUUGGUGUCAAUGGAGAUUGUUAUGACAGAUACCUUUGCCGCAUGGAGGAGUUCCGCCAAUCCCUUCGUAUCAUUCAUCAAUGCUUGAACAAGAUGCCAGCAGGCCCUGUUCGUGUGGAGGAUUACAAGAUCUCCCCACCACCCAGAGCUGCCAUGAAGGAGAACAUGGAAGCGCUUAUCCAUCACUUCCUCCUUUUCACAAAAGGAUACGCGGUCCCGCCUGGUGAAACGUACUCCGCCAUUGAAGCACCGAAAGGUGAAAUGGGUGUUUACGUCGUCAGUGACGGUAGCGAACGGCCCUACCGUUGCAAAAUCCGUGCUCCUGGUUUCGCCCAUCUGUCUUGUUUCGAUCAAAUUUCUAGAGGUCACCUGCUAGCUGAUGCAGUCGCGAUCAUUGGAACCAUGGAUCUCGUGUUCGGUGAAGUAGAUAGAUAA